UGUCAUGUGACUCCGUUGGCCACGCCCCCUCGUCCAGCUCACACUUCCGCUACUGCGUGUGCAACUACAAGGGAAAAAAAAGUUUUGAUAGAAAUCUCUGUGAAAGUUUAUUGGAUUUGUGCAUCUUCUGUUACAUUCAGUCUUUCUCCCCUUCAUAUAAAGUCAUCAGUUUUUGUUGUAAAGCUAAUAAUGUCAAGUAGUGCGCUUUACAAUGACCAAGGAGGAGCGGAGGCAGCGGUGGAAGCGGGGCAGGAGAGCACCCCGAGCACCUCCAGCACCGCAGCAGCUUUUGGACUUUUCAGCGCUGAUUUCAAAAAGAAUGAAGAUCUUAAAGAGAUGUUGGAGAGCAACAAGGAGUCACUUAAAUUGGAGGCCAUGAAAAGGAUUGUUGGGUUGAUUGCCAAGGGGAAAAAUGCAUCAGAGUUGUUUCCGGCUGUCGUUAAGAAUGUUGCAAGUAAAAACAUUGAGUUAAAGAAGCUUGUUUAUGUAUACCUCGUGCGAUACGCUGAGGAGCAACAGGAUCUUGCUUUGCUUUCGAUCAGCACCUUUCAGCGAGCCCUUAAGGACCCAAACCAAUUUAUUCGUGCCAGUGCGUUAAGAGUUUUGUCCAGCAUCCGUGUUCCGAUAAUUGUUCCUAUUAUGAUGUUGGCUAUAAAAGAAGCUGCCACUGACCUAUCUCCGUAUGUCAGGAAAACCUCAGCCCAUGCAAUUCAGAAACUUUACAGCCUUGACCCAGACCAAAAAGAGCAGCUGAUCGAAGUAAUUGAAAAACUACUGAAGGACAAAAGCACUUUGGUGGCAGGUAGCGUGGUAAUGGCUUUUGAAGAAGUGUGUCCAGACCGCAUUGAUCUCAUACAUAAAAACUACAGAAAACUGUGUAACCUGCUGGUCGAUGUGGAGGAGUGGGGUCAGGUUGUCAUUAUUUCUAUGCUGACCCGAUAUGCCAGAACACAGUUUACCAGUCCCUGGAAGGGGGAUGCUCUUGAUGAAAACAGUGAGAAGGCCUUUUAUGACUCUGAUUCUGAAAGGAACCAGACGGAGACCAAAACAUACAUUAUGGACCCUGAUCACAGACUGCUGCUGAGGAACACCAAGCCUUUACUGCAGAGCCGGAACACUGCUGUAGUAAUGUCUGUUGCCCAACUGUACUGGCAUUUGGCCCCUAAACAUGAAGUCAGUGUUGUCACCAAGUCUCUGGUUCGACUGUUGAGGAGCCAUAGAGAAGUGCAGUUCAUAGUGCUACAAAAUAUUGCUACAAUGUCAAUUCAGAGGAAAGGAAUGUUUGAGCCUUUUAUGAAAAGCUUUUAUGUGAGGUCUACUGAUCCGACACAUAUUAAAACACUAAAGCUUGAAAUUUUGACCAACCUUGCCAAUGAAGCCAACAUUUCAACCAUUCUGAGGGAGUUUCAGACUUAUGUGAAGAGCCAGGAUAAGGCAUUUGCUGCAGCCACUAUUCAAGCCAUUGGCAGAUGUGCCACCAACAUAUCUGAGGUGGCAGACACUUGUCUAAAUGGUCUAGUACUGCUGCUUUCCAACAGAGAUGAGACUGUUGUAGCUGAGAGUGUGGUGGUGAUCAAGAAAUUACUACAGACACAACCAUCUCAGCAUAGUGAGAUCAUUAAGCACAUGGCCAAGCUUUUUGAUAACAUCACGGUUCCCAUGGCCCGUGCCAGCAUCCUCUGGCUAAUGGGAGAAUACUGCGAGAAGGUACCAAAAAUUGCUCCAGAUGUGCUUCGCAAAAUGGCAAAGUCUUUCACUUCAGAAGAAGAUAUUGUUAAGCUUCAAAUUAUGAAUCUUGCGGCCAAACUCUACCUUACUAACUCCAAGCAGACAAAGUUGCUGACCCAGUACAUCCUUAACCUGGGAAAAUACGACCAAAACUACGAUAUUAGAGACCGGACGCGCUUCAUCAGACAGCUGAUUGUUCCUAGUGAAAAAGGCAGUGCAUUGAAUAAGUAUGCCCGUCGAAUCCUGCUUGCUUCAAAACCAGCACCAGUCCUUGAAUCUGCAUUCAGAGAUCGAGACAGAUUCCAGCUUGGUACUCUUUCACAUAGCCUCAACAUUAAAGCUACUGGGUAUCAGGAGCUUAGUGACUGGCCCACGGUAGCACCUGAUACUUCUGUAAGAAAUGUGGAGAUUAUUGAACCAGUGAAUGAAUUUGUGCCAAAGGCUGGAAAAUCUAAACAACUCAAGUCUGACAAGUUUUACUCUGAUGAGGAAGAGGAAAAAGAAGAAAGAUCCGGGAGUGAAGACAGCAGCAGCAGCGGCUCUGGCAGCAGCAGCAGUAGUGAAGAGUCAGAUGAUGAAAGUGAAGAAGAAAGUGGCAAAAGUUCGAGUGAGUCAGAAAAUACAUCGAGUGAAACUGAACAAAACUCUAGUGACUCGGAGUCUGAGCCAAAACAUAAUAAGUCUAAAAGAACAUCACAGAAGAAGGCAAAGACAGCUGCUGCUCAGAGUGACUCUGAUGAAAAUGGGAAUGGACCUGCAGACCAGUCCAGCAGCUCCUCGGGGGAGAGCUCUUCAGAUUCUGAGACAGAUUCAGAGGACUCUGACACAGAUGAAGUCAUGAAACCAGCACAGAUCAACAAAAAUAAUGUUAAAGACAAAUCCAAGGUGCAGGGAAAGCCGAAAAAAGAAGUAUCUUUGCUGGAUCUAGAUGACUUCUCAGAGACGACCACAAGCGCUCCAAAGCCCUCUGUGUUUUCCCAAAGCCUCCUUUCAGACCUGGAGGGCCUGUCUCUCUCCAACAUCUCCACUGCCAUGCAGGUAACCACAUCAUCAUUCAGUCCAGUGAAAACCUAUGAUCUCCUUCACCAUAUGUCGGGAAAGGGUCUGGCAGCCAAGUACCAUUUCCCCAGGCAGCCCUGUUUGUACCAGCCCUGUAUGGUGGCAGUACAGCUCAUUCUGACCAACUGUUCGGACCACAGCCUGGAGGAGAUCCACAUAGGAGAGCGCACCCCUGCAAGUCUCAACAUACACUGCUUUAACACUAUUGAGCGGCUGGAGCCUGGGGCCUCUGUGACAGUUUCUAUGGGUAUUGACUUCAGUGACUCUACACAAGCAGCCAACUUCCAGUUGUGUACAAAGACAGACCAGUUCAAUGUGUCUAUCCAGCCAGAAAUUGGGGAGCUACUGAUGCCAAGUACCAUGACAGAGGAGGAUUUCUGCAAGGAGCAAAGCAAACUUCAGGGAAUGAAUGAGACCUCAGCCACAAUCACAACAAACUCCUCAAGUCUGGCCAAGGAGAUCCUGUCUGUGGCCAAUGUCGGAGUGGUGUCGUCCAGUCAGAAUGAUACCCACAGAUUUGCUGGGAAGGCUGUGAGCAGCGGAGCGCUGGUGCUUGUGUCCCUGUCAUUGCAACAGUCGCCCACAGCCCUCCUCACCAUCAACACAGAAAAGACCAUAAUGGCGUCCAUGUUGCUACGAGUGCUCAAACAAGCCCUGACCAAGGCAUAGAUCAAGUACCCUGUCAGCAUUAGCUUUGAUAAUGACUAUAGAUGUUAAGUAUAUUGCCAUUAUCUUUAUUCUCUUAUUUACCAUAAGCCUCAUGAGAAAUUGGAAGAAGCCUUUAAAACUGGAAGUAUUGUGUGUUAGCUCAGCCUUGACAGUGUUUAAACUUUUACUGAUAAAAUCUAUAUUUUCAAUAUAUACAAUCAAGUACAUUCUGAGCUAAUAUAUUUUAUUCUAUAAUAUUCUGUGUCCGUGGUAUAGGAGUACAACUAGAUAUCCACCGCAAUCCAAAGCAAACAGCUGUUUAAAUUAGAUGGAGGUGCUUUGCUCUAUUCACAUUGUAGUAAUCAUCCAGGACCAGGACUAAUACAAUGAUAAAUUACUUUUACCUUUUGCAAAAAUGUAUCUUGACUGACAGUUUGAAGUUAUGAAGUGGUAAAAAAUAAUGUAUGUUACAAAUUUUAGUUGUUGGUACUCAAUACACAUUUUGUAUUUAAAAAAUCCUUUACAACACGACAAUAAAAAGCCACAUUGCUAAAAUUG